UCUAUUCAGUGGCUAACAGGCGGGAGGAAGGAACUAACUGUCCGGGGCUCAUGCACUACUCUGAACGACAAUUUAUCAACACAAAGUAGCUAUUUUUGUUCCAUAGUCACUCUGACAACUUAGUUUGUCCGCUGCUGAGGUCCAUGAAGUGUCUUCUACGUCGUGCCAGGCUUUCGUUUACCCCAGCAGUGAGCCCGGAUAGAGGCGGACAAAGAUGAGCCUCGUCCACUCCUCGCAGGCAGAAGUGGUAUCUGCAGUGCUCCAGGCUCCUGGGGAAAGUGACUCAGACAGCGGGAUGGGCUCUCCGGCCGAGGAGGUGUUGACCCUGAUGAGCAGCAAAGGAGAACAAUGUCAAGAUUCUGACGGUGACGGAGAUGACGAGAUCGUGGUUCACAGGAAACCCCGCUGUCACAAGGCCAUCCGGGACAGUGACGACGACGAAGAGGAGGAUAUGGAGACCAGUGUGAACAUGGCGGAGGCUCUGGUCCUGUCUGAGUCAGAUGGCGAGCAGCACAAGGAAGAGGAGGCGGAGUCCCAGAACAUCAAAGAGGAGAGCAAGAAGAAGAAGAAAGGCAGGAGGAUAUCACGUGCACCUGUCGACAGUGAGGAGAGCGACCUCGGGGAAGGAGGCGCCGAGGAGGACAUGUUGGAGGAGGUGAAGAAGGACGUGGGAUCAAAGGAAGAGAAGCGAGAGAAGAGCAAAAGGCACAAGGAGAAGAGGGAGAAGCGCAAUAAAGCCAUGGAGAAGGUGAAGACGACGAAGAAGAACAAGAAGGAGAGGUUUCUUGAAGUGGAGGAGGAUGCACCUCCCCCUGUCCCGUUGAAUGACAGCGGUUGUCUCCUUGGAGACACGGACCUGUUUGACACCGGAUUGGAUGGAGACAGUGAGGAGGAAUCUCUGGAUGCCAUCAGGGCAGCUGCUAAACACAAGUUCAAAAAACACCAGGAACCCCUCUUCAACGCUGAAGGUGAGGGGGAGGAAGACGAGGAGGAAGAGCCGUCGGAGAAGCCCCAGCGUGUGGAGAGGAAGGCUGCCCGCGCUAGCAAGGAAGCUAUGAAGCAGAUCCACAGUGAGACUCAGAGGCUGGUCAGAGAGUCCUCCCUGGGUCUGCCCUACCACAUCCCCCAGCCCAAGAGCAUCAACGACUUCUUCAAGAGGAGAGCCCGACCCGAGGGGCCCGCCAUGGCCCUGCUCAAAUCUUCCAAGUAUCAGAAGAUGAUAUUCGAGGCGACCCCAGCCCCACCUCGUGUCCCGGCCAGCGAGCCCCAAAACCCGUCCUCUGACCAGGACCCCCCCCCUGCUCUGGACCUGGGCUCCAGCCAGCCCCAGGUCCUACCUCAUCCCGCCGCGACCUCCUCCCCCCAGCAGGACAGCCUCAGCCAGGGACCCACCGAGGCACCGUCCACCCUACCUCAGGACCAGGACUCCGGGCCCAUGCUCUUCCUCUCAGAGAGCCUCCAGGAGUCACCGACCACAGACAGCCAAGACCCAGAAGCUCUGCCUUCAGAGCUGGACGGUGCCGAGGGUGGACGCGGCGCUGACACAGGGCCGCACCAGACUCCGGCCUCGCCUGGUCCUCAACCCCAGCGAGCAGAGGCUCUCCCUGGGGCCAAUGAGCCGGCUAUAGCGCCCCGGUCGGAUGCGUGCGUGGGUGUUGGCGAGGGCGCUGGAGUCCUCUCAGCGUCUCAGGCGCCCGCCCUCAAGCUGAAGCCCAAGAAGGACAGGCUGGCUCGGCUGCGAGAGCUGGGGAUGGACCCCCCUCCUGUCCCCAAACUGUGUGCGGACAAUGGGCUGUUUGUGGACCUGGAGCCCCCUGCACCCAACCCUGGUGUGGAGGCCCUGAAGGAGCGCUACCUCCGCCACAUGAAGCCUGUGCUGCGGCCGCAGGGCGAGAGCAGCGUGCAGCUCAACAUCGUCCGCAAGGGCAGCGCCCCCUCUGGCCAGGAGGAGCUACAGGCCGAGUCCAUCACCGUCACCAUCAAGGAGGGGUCCGAGGAGCCCAAGGCGGCUAAACCCGGAGAGAGGCUGAGCGGUCUGAAGCAGCGACUGCAGCAGGCCAUGGCACUGCGCCGACAGGAAGAGAGGGUCCGCAAGGCCGCCCUCCAUCGCCUUGACAACGAGGAGUGUGGAGAGGGAGACGAAGAGGAGGAGGAGGAAGAGGAGAUGACUGACGACUCAGAGGCAGAGGGUGUGGACGACCUGCUCGGAGGGGACGAGGACGAGGACGAGGAUGAUGGCAGUGUGGCUCCCAGCAUCAGAAGCCCGUCGCCGGCGGCGUUCAAGCCCUCUUCCUCCAUCAGGGAGCUCAUGAACGGAGACGGGUCCCUCAUGCUGUUCGCUGGCAACUCCUGCUCUCGCAUGGACGGGGUCAGGAAGACGGCUCCUUCAGGCCCAGACGGCGAUGCUAAAAUGGAAGAGGAGGACUCUCUAUCCCUGGCCAAGGACAACAGUCACAACAGCAGCUUCGAGCUGCUGGGCUCCAUGAUCCCCUCCUACCAGCCUGUCAGUCACCAGCGGUCCACAGGAAGGGGCGGGGUCAACUCCGCCCUCUUCCGCUCCCCCUCUCCCUGCUUCUUCAGGCCCAACUUCCUAGGCUCCGCCUCCAAGAGCUCAGGGAAGAUGUCGGAGCCCUCCCUCUCGCUGCCCGUGGAGGACUCCCAGGACCUGUACGCCCCGUCCUCCCCCGGGGGGGACUCCGGGCCCCUGGGGGCCCCGCGGGGCCGCUUCAGCCUGGAGGACGACACCCACUCCCAGCUCCUGGACGCCGACGGCUACCUGAACGUGGGGCCCCGAACGGGGGCGCCCGCGCACCACAAGAGGCAGCUGAUCCUGGACAGCCUGGACGAGAACGCCAUGGACGCCAACAUGGGCGAGCUGCUGGGGCUCUGCUCCGGGGCCUUCACUGGGGGGCGGGGGGGGGGUGGUGGUGGUGGCGGGAUGGAGGGCAGCGCCGGCUCCACCAGGGACAGCCGAGGUGGGGGGCAGAGCCAGGAGGAUGAGCUGCUGGGGCUGUGCUCCGGGGCCUUCCCCUCCACACAGGCUCAGGGGGGGGAGGGGGAGGAUGGAGAGGCAGAUCUGGAAACCAUGGACCAGCUGAUGGGCUUCGGGUCUAGGAAGUUCCCUGAUCAAGAGGACUCUAUGCCGUCUCUGCCCAGUCCCAAGAUGCAUUCAGCGUCUGACAGCAGUAAGAAGAAGCCUGUAGUGGAAGAAGAGGAGGAGGAGGAGGAUGAGGAAGACUGUGAAUUCAGACUCCUCUCUGAUGUUGGCAGCCAGAGUGAAGAUGAGGACGGAGAUGAAGACAAAGAGGACGACGGUGAGGAGGAGGAUAAGGAGGUGGAGGAGGAAGAGAUGCAGGCUCUGUUUCCGUCUAAUCGGGAGGAGCCGAGGAAGAAGAAGAAGAAGAAAAUGCGCCUGGCCCAGUACGUGGACUCGGAGGCGGAGCUGUCGGGGAGCGACGUGGGCAGCGAGGACGAGGACGGCGGCGGGGACAGCGAGUACGAAGAGGAGGAGCUGCUGGACGAGCUGCCCUCCGACGAAGAGCUGCAGGACCAGGUCAACAAGAUCCACAUGAAGCAGGUGAUGGACGACGAUAAGCGGCGUCUGCGUCUGUACCAGGAGCGCUACCUGGCCGACGGGGACCUGCACUCCGACGGGCCCGGGCGGGAACGCCGCUUCCGCUGGAAGAACGCCGACGAAGGCUUCGACCUGGACCGGAUGGGCGGAGACGGGGAGGAAGAGGAGGAGGAUGAAGACGUGGACCUGUCUGAGUUGCAGCGCAGGAAGGACCGACUGGAGAGGGACCAGUGGCUCAGAGAGCAGUCUGAGCAGAAGGGCCAGAAGGGCCCCUCGGUGCGGGGCGCUGAGGAGGAGGAGGAAGAGGACCUGGGGGAGGAGGACAGUCAGUUCAUGAAGCUGGCCAAGAAGGUCACCGCCAAGACGCUGCAGAGGAAAGAAACGCCCAUGGUAUCUGCCGUGGAGAACAAGACCUCGUCUUGUAUGAACCCUUUCCAGAAACCCUGCCAGCCUGGCCAGGUGAGGCGAGGCUCCCUGCUGAGCCAGCCCCGCUCGGUGCUCCAGAAGCUGGCCUCCAUCUCCGACGGGAACCCCCUGGCCCCCCGCAGCACCCGGGGCUUCCUCUUCCAGACCCUGUCCCCCGAGAAGGACUCCUCCAGCGCCCCCAAGAAACAGGUGAAGCGGGGGCCCACAGAGACCACUAACCCCGCCUCCAAGAGGGUGUGCCGACCCGGCCAGCCCGCGGCCCCCAACUCGUCCUCCGGGGCCCCGCGGAGCAUCUUCAACUUCCUGGAGCGCUGAGAAACCCUGCAACCGUAAACCAUCUUCUCCCAGUCUGGACCUGCCGCCACUGGGUUGGGGUCUAGGCUUCUGAUUGGCUGCUAGCAGCUAGCUGCUGAUUGGCUUCUAGCGGCUGAAUGCUAGCGGCUAACUGCUAGCUUUCAAUUGCGCAACGUCAUCAUCAUACACAUGAUGUGAGGCUUAAUUAUAACGAACCACCACUACAUAGACUCCUGGGUGAGGGUGGAGAUGGGGAGGGAGAGAGGGUAGGUAGAGGGGAGCGGGUCUGCAAGCUGGUGGUCUUGCUUGGGGCCUUGCCAGAUCAGGGGAUAUUUUCAGAAAUUGUUCAACUUGGAGCACAAUUUGUCCCGCUAUAAUUUUUUUUUGGAGUUUUUAUAGCAUCUGCAGGAAUUUCCUCAUUCGUCUCGGGACUCUAAAGUGUUGUGUUUACUUGUGUGUUGCCGGGAGACAGACAUGAGAAUCACGAACAAAUACAACUCUUUGUACCGCACUCCUCAGCAGAUUACUGACGGCCGUUAAGAUUACACGAGCAACGGGAAAAACAAAGUUCCUACUUAUCUCGCAGACAACAAACUAGCUCUAUUUAAUGUGUGUGUGUGUGUGUGUGUGUGUGUGUGUGUGUGUGUGUGUGUGUGUGUGUGUGUGUGUGUGUGUGUGUGUGUGUGUGUGUGUGUGUGUGUGUGUGUGUGUGUGUUAGAGUCAACGGGGCCAUUCAGAAUGGAACCCGGAUUAAUUGUUUUUUUAAAAAUGUAUAAAGGACUUUCGUAACUUUUGUGUAUGAUUUUUCUCAUAUCCUGGAGCUUGUAAGAUUUUAUGUAAUUGUUCUACGAUGUAAAUAAAAGUGUAUUUUAAGAGAUGGGACAUUUGUUUUGCU